AUGGCGAUAUUGACAUGUCCAUGUCUUUGGAUUGUGUUGGGUGAUGCCUCUUAUCACAAAGAAUGGGUCUAUGGGCCAGAAAUGAUCAACGGUAGCCAAUUUUUCUCUAAAUUUAUGCGACACGGUCAGAUAUUUUCAACUGUUGUCGUAGCCGAGUGAUUCUAAACUUCACAUGCGCCAUCUUUAUAUUAUAUAGUGCAUGGUGUUUCACUCUUGUAUUUAUAUUCCUUCAGGUACAUUGUGUUGUCUGGACACCAGCCACAUCACAACUUCUCUUAUUUUAACGCCAUUCUCAUAAGAUCAAGCACUGUCAAUACAGAAAAUUCGAAGUUGGAAUACUUACCGUUCGAAAAUAGUGUACAAGGACGUCACUUCCUUACAUUUCCAAUACGUUUUGCCGGUUCUGAUAUCAUUUUGAUGACAUCACAUUUGGAAAGUUGUAAACCUUUAUCCAAAGAGCGAAAGAGUCAAUUUAGGGAAAUUCUUCUAUACAUGAGAAGACGACGUAACGGCGUUAACGUCAUAUUUGGCGGCGAUACAAAUUUACGAGAUAGAGAAGUCGAAGCCGUUGGAGGUCUACCAAACGAGGUGCUUGACGCAUGGGCAAGCUGUGGUUCUCCUCAUGACUCAGAGUUCACAUGGGACAUGAGCGAAAACGAUAAUAAAGAUAUGAAUGGCGCUAAGCCGAAGCUUAGGUUCGAUCGAAUUUUCUUGAGACCUGCCCAGAAAGGAAAGGUGGUUAGACCUCGAAUAUUCACCCUCAUUGGAAAACAACGUUUGAGCGGUGGAAGAUUUGCAAGCGAUCAUUGGGGAAUAUGGCUGGAAUUUAGCUUUGACUAA